ACGUACAAGAUGAGGUACCUUCCAUGAAAAAAAGCUAAAGUUUUAUUAUAUGGAGUAUAUUUUGAAGUACAAUGUUUGAGGUAAUCCAUUUUUUGGAAAGACUAUGGAGUAUGGACCUAUGGCAUUCUUUUUUCUAACAACGAGCAAGAAAGAGAGAAAGUAAGAGUGACAGUUUUAUAGUUAUCCAUUUUUCCUUAUCCAAUUCCGAUUCCCAUGGCUUCCUCUACUCCCAGUAUCAGUCAUCUGAUCGCCACCAGCAUUAAUGACCUGCCGGACGUGAUCCUCUCCAACGUCAUCGCCGCCAUUACCGAAGUCCGCGCCCGCAACUCCGCCGCUCUCGUCUGCCGGAAAUGGCUCGUCCUGGAACGCUCCACUCGCGCCUCCCUCACCCUCCGCGGCAACGUCCGAGAUCUAAUCAUGCUUCCCACCUGCUUCAGAUCCGUGACUCACCUCGAUCUGUCCCUUCUCUCUCCCUGGGGCCACCCCCUCCUAUCUCCGGCUACCCCCGAGGCCGCCAUUGACACAGAUCCAACCCUAAUCGCCCACCUCCUUCUCCACGCCUUUCCCUCGAUCAAUUCCCUGAAGCUUUAUGCUCGCAACCUUUCCUCACUCCAGCCAUUGGCCUCGCAGUGGCCGCAGCUAGGGAAAGUCACGCUGGUUCGGUGGCACCAGCGGCCACAGCUGUCGUCCGGCGAGGAAUUCAGCUCCUUCUUCAGCGAAUGCUCGAAUCUGGUCUCACUAGACUUGUCUGCUUUUUAUUGCUGGACCGAUGACAUUCCUCCUUCUCUGGAAUCUCACCCCCGGGUUUCAGAGAGUCUCACCACCCUCAAUCUCCUAAAUCCUUCAUUUUCAGAGGGGUUCAAGUCCGAUGAGAUCACUGCAAUUGCAAAAUCAUGUCCCAAUUUGAAGGAAUUUCGGGCAGCUUGUAUGUUCGACCCCAGAUACAUAGGCUAUGUUGGAGAUGAAGCUCUGAUCUCAAUAGCCACUAAGUGCCCGAACCUUGCUGUGCUUCAUUUAGCUGACACCUCUGCUCUGUGCAGCACAAGAGGCGAUCCUUCUGAUGACGGGUUCACCAGCGAGCAAGCAAGGAUCAACAUCCCCACUUUGAUUGAGGUAUUUUCCAGUCUUUCCUUGCUCGAAGAACUUGCUUUGGAUUUGUGUAACAGUGUUAGAGACAGUGGUCCUGCGUUUGAAAUCCUGGGCUCGAAAUGUCCAAGAUUGAAAUCCCUUAAAUUAGGGCAAUUCCACGGUGUUUCCAUGCCGGUUGAGUGGAAGUUGGAUGGAGUUGCCCUCUGUCACCGGCUGAGGUCUCUAUCAAUCAGGAAUCCGGGAGACUUGGACGAUAUUGGACUGAUAGCCAUUGGCAGAGGGUGUUCCAGCCUUUCUAGGUUUGAGAUUCAAGGUUGCAAGAAAAUAACAAUGAAGGGGAUGAGAACUGUGGCUAGCUUGCUAAGAAAGACUUUGGUAGAUGUCAAGAUCUCUUGCUGCAAGAAUCUCAGUGCACCGGCGUCUUUGAAGGCUCUGGAACCAAUAAAAGACACCAUCCAAAGGCUUCACAUUGAUUGUGUUUGGGACAGUGUAGAGGAAUUACCAGAUUGUUCUAAUGGUGGUGGUUUGGCGUUCAAUUUGAGAGGUACCCAUGGUGAUGGUGAUGGUGAUGGUGAUGAAGAUGAAGAAUUGUGCAAUAGAAAGAAAAAGGUCAAGUAUUCCUAUGACCUGAAUCGUCUGUACGAGGAAAUGAAUGGUCAUGGAAAGACGUGGGACAAGCUGAGCUAUCUCUCCCUCUGGAUUGGUGUUGGGGAUCUUCUCACUCCUCUACCCGAUGCCGGUCUAGAGAAUUGUCCAAACUUAGAGGAGAUGAGGAUUAAGGUGGAAGGAGAUGGCAGGCUACUAUCCAAACCUUCGGAUCGCGAAUUUGGGUUGACAACUCUAUUGUGCUAUCCAAAGCUCUCAAAGAUGCAUUUGGAUUGUGGAGACGUGAUAGGGUACGCGCACACUGCGCCAGCAGGGCAUAUGGAUCUGAGCUUAUGGGAACGGUUUUACCUGAUGGGGAUUGGGAGUUUGAGACUAAGCCAACUCGAUUAUUGGCCAGCACAGGACAGAGAUGUCAACCAGAGGAGUCUAACCCUACCAGCAGCCGGCUUGAUCCAGCAAUGCCUCACCUUGAGGAAGCUUUUCAUUCAUGGAACAACUCACGAACACUUUUUGAGGUUCUUUCUCCACACCCCACACCUUAGAGAUGUGCAGCUGAGAGAGGAUUACUACCCAGCACCAGAGAGCGACAUGAGCACAGAGAUUAGAGAAGAUUCUUUGAGUCGGUUCGAAGCAGAACUCAACAGACGCCAAAUCCCAGACUGAUUGUUUUGCUCUUUUUGUUCAUACGAAUCGAAUGAUAAUUUAGUAAUGCACACUUUCUGAAUUUUGAUUUGGCAAUGGACAAGCCAUGAGUGGUUUAUAUAAUGAUUAAUGACACACAUAAAUUGUAUUGAUGUAU